CCAAGUGUAUCAAGGACUCCAAGAUCACUGUAUAUCCUCUUUCUCCGUUCACUCUUCUCUGAUUUCCCACAAAAUACUAAUGAUCAUUUUCAUGUCCACACGACCUGUGUACUUGAGUUCUUUCAUGAUCGGCAGGCUACUCCAAAUCGUCAAACUUCCGCAACGCUCUCUGUCUGCCUCCAUGGAACAGUCUAAGGUUGUAGAUACUCCGUUCUUGAAUACAGUGUGGGUUUCAUGCGUACAGACCAGAUAUAAGUGAAGGUUACGUUGAAACGUUGGAUGAAGGCCUUCGAUUUGCUGAACGUCGGGGGCAUCAGUCAGGUAGUC